UGUACGGUCUCACGGCAAAGAUCGCAUCGGAGCUCCAAACCCUGCGAAUCUUCCGAGGGGCUCGCUCUUCUCGCUGAUUUGUCUCUCCGCCUGCUGUUUGACCCUUUCCCAUCUUUGCGCAAUCGGCCGGUUUCAUUUCGGAUAGCUGAUUUUCGAUCGGUUCUUCGUGUUCAUGGGGUCGAGUUUCAGAGUUCAUCCUUUAAAAUCUCCUGGUGAACUCAUCGGAAGAACUCAUUCAGAGGCUGUAAGUAGCCUAAUCCCAAAUGAUGAAGGAAAUACUUUGAGGAGCAAUGAUCAGCAUAGAAUGUCAGACACUAUCACAGUCCCCAUAGGUUCUGGACAAAGAGAUACUGUCAACAGAUCAGGAGCAAAGUAUUUUUACGAGCCUAGCAUGGAUUUGGAAGAUGGUAAAGCUGAAAAAGAGCAGGAUAGUGCAAAGAUACAGAACCAGGCUCUUGUGUCUGGUCUAGCAUACUGCAUAACAUCAAUUAGCAUGAUUUUAGUUAACAAGCUUGUACUGUCCGGCUAUGAUUUUAAUGCUGGAAUCUCCUUAAUGUUAUACCAGAAUCUUGUGUCUGUAACUAUAGUCUCCUCUUUGAGUUUGUUCAACAUAAUAUCAACAGAACCACUCACAUGGAAAUUGGUUAAAGUCUGGUUGCCAGUGAAUGUAAUAUUUAUUGGGAUGCUUAUCACAAGCAUGUUCAGUUUAAGAUACAUGAAUGUUGCUAUGGUAACGAUUCUCAAGAAUGUCACCAAUGUCAUUACUGCCCUUGGAGAAACAUACAUUUUCAUGAGGCAUCAUGAUAAAAAAGUGUGGACUGCCCUCUGCCUAAUGAUCAUUUCGGCAAUUUCAGGAGGCAUGACGGAUCUUUCUUUUCAUGCAGUGGGCUAUUCAUGGCAAAUUGCAAAUUGCUUUCUAACAGCAGCAUACUCAUUAACGCUGCGAUGGGUUAUGGAUAGUGCUAAACAAGUCACCAAGUCUGGAAACUUGAAUGAAUUUUCAAUGGUUCUUCUCAACAACACUCUAUCUUUACCACUGGGGAUAGUACUGAUGUUUGCUUUUCAAGAAGUGCAGUAUCUCUAUGAAACGCCGCUUUUGAGGAUGCCUAUGUUUUGGUUAGUAAUAACUUUAAGUGGUAUUCUGGGUCUUGCCAUCAGCUUCACUUCUUUGUGGUUUCUUCACCAGACAAGUGCAACCACUUACAGCCUUGUAGGAUCUCUGAAUAAGAUUCCUCUUUCAAUUGCUGGAUUAUUUCUUUUCAAGGUUCGAACAAGCAUGCAGAACCUCUUGAGUAUCCUUUUCGGACUCUUAGCAGGAGUAUGUUUUGCUAAAGCAAAAUUACGGUAGCAUUCUCAAUCAUAUUUACUGAAAGAGCCUUCUGUGGAGCUGCUCAGAAACUGGCGUGGAUGUUUGAUUCCAAAGUUUGAGCAAUCAGGAUAUGCACAGACAAUGUGGACAUUUCACAUGUCGGUGUCGGCUGUUAAUACCAGAUAAUCCAUGGAACCCAGCAAAGAAAAUCAUAUCAUCAACAGAAAAGAAGAUCUAAGUUUCUCAGAUUCAGCAUAAAUUAUUUGCGUAGAUACAGGUACUCUAUCACCAAAUGUUUCUGAUAGCCAUUUUCUUCCCCAUUUAUUAGUUCUAUUUCAAGUUUAAACUGGUUUGAAAUUGAGUUCAUUGAGAAGUCUGUUUCAAUCAUUGGGCUUUGAAAUGGUUGUCCUCAUCACUUAUUCUUCAAAAAAAUGUCCUGAAUUAUAUUUGCAUUCAUCAGUAGAGUUGGAGAUUUAGUGUGA